UUCAAUUUUUCUUCCCCACACUCAGAACUCUCUCUCUCAGAGCUCUAGGGUUUGUAGGCGAUACCAUCAUCAGAACUCGGUGAAAGCAUGGCUGCUCCGAUUGAGUCGGUCCAGUGUUUCGGCCGGAAAAAGACGGCGGUGGCAGUGACCUAUUGCAAGCGCGGUAGAGGUUUGAUUAAGAUCAAUGGCUGCCCAAUCGAACUUGUAGAGCCGGAGAUCCUCCGUUUCAAGGCUUAUGAGCCUAUCCUCCUUCUUGGACGACACAGGUUCUCUGGUGUCGAUAUGCGUAUCAGAGUAAAGGGUGGAGGUCACACGUCGCAGAUUUAUGCCAUUCGUCAGAGUAUCGCUAAGGCCUUGGUCGCCUUCUACCAGAAGUACGUAGACGAGCAGAGCAAGAAGGAAAUCAAAGACAUUCUGGUUAGGUACGACAGGACUUUACUCGUCGCUGAUCCCCGACGCUGCGAGCCCAAGAAGUUCGGUGGUCGUGGGGCUCGUGCCAGGUUCCAGAAAUCUUACCGUUGAAUCGAAUAUCCAUUUUCGAAAAGACUUUGUGAUGCUGGGUUUUUGUUGCGGUUCUUUUUUUCUUAUGCUUUCGAAUUUACAAGGUUCUAUUUUUGGUGUUUAGCUGUUCUAUCUGCUUUCUUAUAAAAUUAGAUUUUUUAUCGUAAUGGUUUAGACUCUUUUGCUAUUUUAUUAUUCUGUAUUGGAAUGCUGUUAGUUAAUUGGAAGCCUCGAUUUAGAAUAGCGGUAUGAAUGAAUGGCAUUACUUUUCUUUCGAAGCUC